UCAGUUUCAGUUACGUUUCGGCGUUUUACGGUAACGCAGCGCAGCAAUAACACCUUUGGCCACAAUAGCAACAGCAGUGUGUCUACAGUUAGCUACUGCCAACGAAAAUAACAAGUGUAAUUCAGAGCUAAACGCAAGCCGGAGCAGCACCGUUAGUUGACCAGCGGAAUCGAAUCGAACGGAAAGUAAAAGCGCCCAUCAAAACCCAACGCGAGAUACCGCAGCCAGCUCAAAGUCUCAACAUGGCCGAUACCAUCAACAAGCCCAGCAUACAAAUACGCAACGGUCUGCCCUCGCCGCUUUCCGACAAGAGCCCCUCGCCGGCCACCAAGCUGCUGAUCAGCCACGGCAAGCCCAACUUCACCAUUGCGCGCUCGCCCAAGCCAGAAGACAAUGCAAAUCCCUUGUCACCACAGCCCAAUGUCAACAACAACUACAGCGCAUUCAAAAGCGCCAACGUGAGCGUCAACAGCGGCAACAGCUUUGUGGUCGGCACCAAGUUCAAUGGCGUCUUCAAGCCAACGCCAGUCACAGCCAGCUGGGCAGCCAGCAAUGGCAAUGGCAAUGGCCAGGCCGAUGCCAACAAUGAGGCAGCCAAGGUGGUGCUGCGUCGCGCUAAGCCGGCUGAUGCGCCGGCACAAGCUGAAGAUGAGGAUCAGCAGGUGCCCGAGUUCAUCAGACGCCAGCGACGCAUUCAAGAGCGUCUGGCCAAGGAGAAUGUGCUCGACUUUGAGAAUCGCCGCAGCGGCUACUUUACGCAUGUUAUGAUCUCGCCCGACUCACCCAAUCGCACAUCAUUCAUGGAAACUAUGGCUAGUCCAGCGGUGGUGCCAAGUCUCGAAAUGCCAGUGCCGGCAAAGAUUGAAGAGGAAGAGCCACAGCAUGAGAAAGAGCCAGAGCCAGAGCCAAAGCAAGAGCAGCCAAUUGAAGCGCCUGUUACCACAAAUGGACAUGUUGAGGAUGCAGAGGCACAGGAGGUUGCUCAAGCUAUUGAAGAGGUUAUCAAGGCUGUAGCUGGUGAGGAUGAUGGCAGCAAGCCGGAGCCAGAACCAGCAGCAGCGGCUGAGCCAGAGACUGUGGCAGCAACUGAGGCUGCAGCAGUGGCCGAGACUGCCGCUGAGCCGACACCCGAGCCGGUUGUGGAGAGCGCCGCUUUAGCUGUGGAAGCCCACGUGGAAGUGUUGACUGCCACACAGGAGCAGGAGAAGCAGCCAGAGUCUGUAGCCGAGCCCGAGCCAGUGCAGCAGAACGGACAUGCAGCUGAGAAUGGCCAUGAUGAAGGCGUUACUAUCUCUCAUACCAAUGGACAUGCCAGCGAUGAGCCCAGCAUACCCGCGCCCGAUCCCAGCGGCGCUCUGGGCGUCAACUUUGAGCCCAAGACGGUGGUCAGCUUCUCGCAGGAGCUGGGUGGCGGCGAGAACAAUUAUCCGGAUACAGUCAAGGUGCUGAAGGAUGCGCCGCCCGCUGAUGCGGCCGAUGCUGAGCUGCAGGAGAUGAGCAAACUGAAGUUCGAUAUCAAGAGCGAUGGCGAGAAUGAGGUACAGGUGACGCCCGUGCUGCGCGAGGAGUAGGAGGCGUGGACGUCUUUAGUGCAAUUGUUAUUACAAAAAUAAUCUAUUUGUAUUGUGUAUUUUACUCUGUGUUAGUGGCUAAGUUUUGUUUAUGAGAAAGAAAAUGUUGCCAAAUUUUUAAUUUAAAGGCUUUUGCGCAUCAGUCAGCAAUUCGCAUGCAUUGCCCGUAGACGUAAACGUAAACGUAAAUCGAUUGUCCCGUUAUCGUUAUCCGUAUUCGUGUUGUAUGUGGCACGUUACAUUACUUACUACCACUACUACUGCUGCUGCCUCACACACACACAUACCUGUAUGUAUGUAUGUUGUGGCAGUUGACAAAUGCUGUCUAAUUUAUGUUUACAUCACCAAUUUUGCUUUAUUUAAAU